AUGAAAGUUUCAAUAGUUUGUGUUAUAUUAUUAUUUAUUGCAAUUGUUUCAUCAAAAACUGAAAAAUUGAAUAAAUUUGAAAACUGUAUUAUUACACAAAAAGCAAUUGGAAAUUGGGAACAAGAUGGUCAAAUUAUUACACAAUAUUCAAUUAAUAUUUUCAACAAUUCUCCAAAAAUUAUUAAAUCAAUAAUAAUUUCAACAGAUUAUACAUUUUGCUUACGUGAUAUUGAUUCAAUUUGGAAUAUUAAAUUAUCACCAAAUGGUGAACUAACUUUACCAUCUGGAACAAAUUCAAUUGAUUCUUAUAGUUCUCAUAUAUUUUAUUUUAUUGUAUUUGGUAUUGAAAAAGUUAAUUUAACAAUGAAAUCAAUAACUUAUUCAUAA